UAGUGUAGUUGCUGCAAAGACGUGGCUGGCUCCACAUGUAGAAGUGCUGGUGCUAUAACCUUGAUUGUUCAGUUUCUUCGUUUGAAACAAGCCUAAAAAGAGCAACAUGCAGGCUGCUAUGGAUAUCACGGCAAAGUAUUGCCAUAAAGAAAUGGAGGCGUAUGGGUCAUGUGUAGCCUCCAACCCAUCGACAUGGCAGUUAAAGUGUCAUGAACUGAAGAUUAAGGUUGCACAGUGCACAUCAUCACACCCAGUGAUCCAGAAGAUCAGACAGGAUUGUUCCUCUGAGUUUGUAGAGUUUGAGCGCUGUCUGAGAGAAAACCAGGACAAACCUACCUCCUGCUCACAACAUGUAGCUCGCUUUCUGGGCUGUGCAGAGACCGUAGACCUCAGUGGAGUAGACCCAGUACCUCAGCCAUCAUAGUAUUCAGGCAUCUUCCAUCACCUUCCGAUUACUCCUGUCUCCACAGCAGCACAGAUGGGCUGGUCUCACAGGUGCCCCAGCCAUUUUACUGUAUGUACAGUCACAGUUGUUAGGAUACCUAUUUUUCUCUGCGUGACUUAAUGGGACUAUUUUUCUUUCUUCAACAAAGAUAAAGGAGAUGAAUGCAACAUUACUGUGAAUAAGACCAUGUGUAGAAUAUGUAAUUACUGCGUCGUUCUUCUUCUCAUACUCCUCAUGUAAAUGUUGUGUUUAUUUGAAAAUAACAUUUAUACUUGCCUUCUGUAUGCAAGAAGUCUGUUUUUACAGAUUUUUAUUGAACCAUCUCAUUAAAUUUGACAUCAGACUUGUA